AUGGCGGCCGCCGAGACGCAGGACCCCUACGCGCUGCUCGAGGUGGCUGAAACGGCGACUCGCGCAGAGAUUAAACAGGCCUAUAGGCGGCUGGCCCUGCUGCACCACCCGGACCGGAACCAGCAAAGCGCCGCCUCCACGCAGCGCUUCCAACAAAUUGCAGCGGCGUGGGAAAUCCUCUCGGACCGCAAAAAGCGCUUCACCUACGACGCGACCCGGCGGAUACCAAACUCCACCAUGCCAUCGCACGCCCGCAAGCACGCCGAAAAGAGCGACGCGCGAAAGAGUGACGCGCGAAAACCGGCAACGCAGCCCGCUGCGCUGCAAGCCGACCGAUCAUUGCGCCAGGCGGACGCGCCGCUGCGCUGGCAGCGCGAUAUGCAGGCGCCGCGACGGAGAUGCAGCCAUGCUGCUGGCGUUGCGGCUCCGAGCUGCACUCCGAGCUAG